AAUGCUAAGCCUAUAAAUAGGAAGGAGUGUGCCAGUGCUGGUUGGAUAUCAGAAAAAGAAAAAAAUACUAUUAAAGCAGAUUGGGUGUGACGCUGUGAUCCCCCCGUUGCCAGGGAGAGAGCGGUGGGGCCAUGGCUGCUGGGGCUGCGGUCGGGGAGAACCAACUCCAGAGGAUUAUCAGAGAUCUGCAUGAGGCUGUUUCAGAGCUUGCAAAGGAGUACAGGGAGAGUGGGGAGCCGAUCACAGAUGACAGCACCAACCUGCACAAAUUCUCCUACAAGCUGGAGUAUCUGCUACAGUUUGACCAGAAGGAGAAGACCACGUUUCUUGGAACCAGGAAAGAUUAUUGGGAUUACUUCAGUGACUGUCUGGCUAAGAUCAAAGGAGCCAAUGAUGGGAUCCGCUUUGUGAAAUCCAUCUCUGAGCUGAAAACUUCCCUGGGGAAGGGACGAGCAUUUAUUCGCUACUCCCUUGUGCAUCAGCGACUGGCCGAUACGUUGCAGCAGUGCCUAAUGAACCAGAGGGUCACCAGUGACUGGUACUAUGCACGAAGCCCCUUCUUGAAGCCCCACCUCAGUGUUGACAUUAUCAGUCAUCUGUAUGAGCUCAAUGAGGUCCAGUUUGAUGUUGCAUCCAGAGGUCAUGACCUUGAUGCUUCUUGGCCUACCUUCGCAAGGAGGACACUAGGUAUGGCAAACUCACCUGGCCACAUGUGGAAACCACCAAGUCGCAGCUCCAGCAUUAACAGUCUGGCCAGCAGCUACUCACAGCAAGCACCUGAGUUCCCUUCUAGCCCUGACUAUGGCCAAGGUCUGCUGAGCGACCUGAACGAAUCUCUCCCUACCUGCAGCGAAGAUGUCAGUGCAGUUGAGGAUCUUCGCCUGGAGCUGGAUCAGUCUGAACUGAAGCAACGAGAGCUCUUGGAUAGAGUGCAGCAGCUGGGGAAUGAGGCUGCUGAGCUCAGGGGGGUAGUGGUGGAGCUCCAGAGACAGCUGGAUGUGUCACUGGCUGCCCAGGAAGAGCAACAGGGCUUGCAGGAAGCACUCAAGGCCCUGGAAGGAAGAGGGGAGGCCCUUUCCAGAGAGCUGGACACUCUUAGAGCCAAGGAAAGAGGCAGGGAAGCUGAGCAAUGCCUACUCCAGGAAAAAUUGACAGCUGCCGAGGGGAAGAACGUAGAACUCCUGGCAAAAUUGGAUGGGGUGCUGAAUGAGAAAGGCCAGCAGGCAGCCAGUUACUUUGAUUCAGCACAGAAGAUACAUGAGCUGCUGGACAGAUUAAAAGAAGCAGAGAAAGGGAAGAUGGAGGCUGUUGCUGAAGUAGAGGAGAAGAAAAGGCAGGCAGAAAGGCUGGAGGAGGAACUGAGAGUCAAGGAGGCAGCUGCAAAAGAAAGUGAGACAAAACUUGGAGCAUUAGUAACAUCUGCUUCUGAGGAAAAGGCCAAGUUGGAAGAAAGACUGGAGGAACAAUGCAAUGCUCUUGACAAGCUGCAGGGGGGCCUGACACUGAAAGAGAAGGAGGCUAGCAAUCUUCAAAGGCAGCUUCAGGACAUCCAAAGAUCCCUCGAAGAGAAGGAGAAACAGGUGGAGGAGUUUAAGAGGAAAGCACAAGAAGAUAAAGAUGAGAUGCAGAGGAAUAUCGGUGGCUUAAAGGAGUCUUUAGAGGCAGAGGUCACUGAGCUGAAGGAACAGCUCAGGGGAAAAGAUACAGAACUAACUUCCAUCUGUCAGACACUACAGCAGCUAGAAGCCAAGAACCAAAGUCUGACCACAGAGAGGGACAGAAUGGCCACCAACCUCACUGAACUAGAGACCAGUAUCAAGGAGCAGGCAAAGAAGAUAGAGGACUACAAGACACAGUGCACCAAUCUAAUGGAGCUCAAUGGGAAACUGCUGACCACAGUGAAGAGGAAUGAGGAGUUGAAGAAGGAAAUGGCAGAGAACAGAACAGUUCUUGAGGCUGAAUUGGCAGCUCUGAGGGCUUCUGAGAAACAACUCAGAGGCCAGCUGGAUGAUGCCAAGGUGACAGUGGACGAGAAAGAGAAGAGGUUGCGCGACGAGAACCGUACCCUGGAUGAGAGUCUGCAGCGAGCAGUCAUGGCCGGAAAGCUCUCAGAGGCAACAUCAAAGCGGCUGGAGCAGGAGAACCAGAGUCUGAGAGAGGAACAGGCCACUGUGAAAGCAUCUCUGAGCUGCAUGCAGGCAGAGCUGAAGUCUAUUCACGGCCAGAUUGGAGACCUUGAGAAGAGUUUGGGAUCUUCACGCAAGAAUGAAGCCAGCCUUCAAGAGCAGCUCCGAGCCAAAGAGGCCCAGUUAGAGAGUCAAGAGAAAAACUGUGUUGAGCUCCAGUCCAAGGUGAAAGGUCUGGAGGCUAGGGAGCAGGAGCUCCAGUUAGCCAAGGCCCAGGUAGAAGCAACUUGUGUGAAACAAACAGAAAUGAUUGAAAGAGUUACCUCUGAGAAGCAGGCAGUAGAGAAAUCUCAGGUGGAGAGGAGCUCUCUCCAAGCCAAGGAAAACCAGGAAAUGACUGCCAAACUCACUAUGCUUGAGGGCCAGCUGGAGGUGAACAUGAAAGAAGUGUCCAGGCUCCAGGCAGAGGUCCUGGACCUCAGGGUGCAGCUGCAGAGGUCUGGGGAGGAAAAGCUAAAAUCUCAAGCACAGUUGGAGGUGACAGAAGCCCAGAGAGAUGAGUUCAGGACUCUGACCGAGCAACUUAAAACCCAAAUAGAGACACUCAAUCAGAGACACAUUGCAGAACUCAUGGAGAGCAAGCACAAAGAAGAGGCACUGAUUGCAGAACGUGACCGAGAAGCAGCAGUUCGUUCUGAGUUGGCUGCUUCUGAGGCUGUGACCCGACAGGAGCUGGCCACCCUCAAGGCUGAAAACGAGAGGCUGGCCAUGGAAAACAGUGAGACACGUGAGGGUAUCCACCGGGCCAACACAGAGAUGGCAGAGCUUGGCAUGACCAUCUGCAAGCUAACUGCAGAAAAUGAGGAGACCACAGAGCGUUGGGCUGCUGAUGCUGCCAGGAUUGAGGACCUGGAGAAACACACCACCAAAGAGGUGGAGCGACUAGAAGCCUGCGUGACAGCUCUACAGCAAGAGAAUGCCAGUCUGAGAGAGGAGCUGACACAGAUGGAGAACCUCCCGGGGACUUUAUUGGAGCUCCAGGAGAAGCUGGAGAAAGCCCAGAGCCAAGUGAAGAGCCUCAAGGACUCUAGCAGAGAGGAAAUGGAGGGUAUCAAGUUCCAAAUGAGCUCAGAGAGCAUGAAUUAUCAGAACCAGAUCAAGAACGUAAAUGAACAGCUGGUUCAAGUCAAAGCCCAGCUGGAGAGAGAGUUGGAGCAUGUGUCUACUCUGGAGGCCAAAGUGUCUGAGCUAGAGGUUCUGAAUGAGCAGCACUCACAGCGGAUUGAUGAGAAAGAUGCUCACAUCACAAAGUCAGACAAUAUCAUUCGCCAGAAUGAGAGAGAGAUUCAACAACUCAGAGAGUCUGUCAGCAGCACCGAGGAAGCGCUCUCGGCCGUGCAAACUGUUCGUGACGAACUGAAGGAGAAACUUGAGAAAGCAGAAGCUGACAAGCAGACCAGUCACCUCAAGAUGUCCGCAGAGAUCGAUGACCUCAUCAGAACUAAGAGUAACCUUGAAGAGCGGCUCAUUGAACUUAUUAAGGACAAGGAUGCCCUGUGGCAGAAGUCAGAUGCCCUGGAGUUUGAGCAGAAGCUGCGGAUGGAGGAGCGCUGGUGGCUGGUAGAUCAAGAAGCCACUCACUGCCUCGGUUGCCAGGGCCAGUUUACCUGGUGGCUACGCAAGCACCACUGCAGGCUUUGCGGCCGCAUCUUCUGCUACUACUGCAGUAACAACUUUGUAAUGACCAAGCACAGUGGGAAGAAAGAGCGCUGUUGUAGAGAGUGUUACACCCAGCACAGCGCUGUGGUGGAGAGGUUCACCGAGGCAGAGCUGAGUCCUGCAGACACCCAGCCGCCUCCACCUGGAUUCGGGCCUCAAUCCCCACCUGCGCCUGCUCCUUACAAACCCACUCCCAGGGUUACAGUGUCUGAUCCCAGCAACAGAUCUGAUGACAGCGCUUUUGACAUCAUCACAGAGGAGGAAGUGAAUGGCAUUUAUGACAGUGAUACCAUGUCCCAGACCACCGGAGGCUCUCUGGAAGGAGAACAAGACAGAAGAGCUCCUGGAGCGCUGGAUAUAGGCACAGGAGAUGCAACCCCCGAUGACUCGGAGGAGCACGUUCCCACCGUUCAGGAUUCAGAGAUUAACCUUCUCAGAUCUGGAGAAGUCACGAUGGCUGUCCCUCUCAGCAUUGAUGAUAUUUCUCAGUUUGGUGAUGGUUCCAGGGAGCUCUUCAUCAAGUCUAGCUGCUACAGUGUAAUAGCGAUUGCUGUGGGUGACUGUGGGCCCACUGUCAGCUGGAUGUUCUCCUCAGAGCCCAAGAGCAUUUCCUUUAGUGUGGUUUACCGAGAAACCUCCGACUCUCCGGUGGAGCAGUCAAAGGUGCUGAUUCCCCUGACCCGCUGCAACUCCCACAAAGAGACCAUUCAGGGGCAGCUCAAAGUGAGAAACCCCGGCCUGUACACACUCAUCUUCGACAACUCCUUCUCACGGUUCAUCUCCAAGAAAGUCCUUUACCACUUGACGAUUGAGAAGCCUGUAAUCUACGAUGGAAGCGACUUUCCGUGAAGCUGGACGGCACGCACAGCCACAGCAACACGCACUCCAUGCAAGACGGUUAAAGGCAGACCGGAGAGAUAAGACUUCUAUGUCCAUUUUUAAUCAAUUGUUCUUAAAUUCAGUCACUUGGUUUGCUCUUUUGUUUCCAAACCUCCUUACUCCCCAAUGAUUUUAUGUUAUUUCUCUUAAAUUAGUCAGCGUCUUAUUUGAGAAGGAUCCUUUCUAUAUUAUUUACCUCUAAAGUAUAGCGUUUUGAGGUGUGUUCAUGUGUUUACUGUUGCCUAAAUGAAUUAUUGUCCAGGGGAACAUAGAGAUUUUUGAAAGAGAAACAGAAAAAAAAUAUGACAUUGUACAUUUUCUGUUUAAACAAACACUAAUAUUCAUUGAAAUCAGAUGGAGUUUUGAUUUAAUUUGCUCAUUUUACAACGAACUUUCCAAUCAUGCGGCAUUUUAUGUUUUUUUUUCUAUUCUAUUCUGUUUUUUUGUUUUUUUUUUCUGAUGGUCUCUGCUGGCUUUGACCUCUGGUUUUUCCUCAGAUGUUGUCAUGUUAGAGAACACAGAGCACUGUGUGCAAGGCUUGUAACAUGUAAGAUCCUAAAAUUGCAGUUUUCAGGUGAAAAACAUCUAUCUGCAAAGAGAUGAGAGCGCCUGAUUUUUUCUAUUUUGUUUUGUUUUCUCUUUGACGCACAUGGCUUGCUCACAGCAGCAGCAAAGUGACACAAAACCCUGACUAACCCACACAAUUACAGUUACUGCCGGACCUUGAGGACAGGCGACGGGGCAAAGACUCCUCAUGCAGCUCUUAGGUGCGGGACGUAAACUCCUCUUCCACUGGGACAUGUCGACAUCUGAAGAAUGUCCUCUUUUUUUAACAAAUCUACUGCCAUCUUAUUUGGUAUGCAAGACCUUAGCAAGCAGUCUCCCUCCGAUUAAACGUAAUGCUGUUCAUAUGCAGGAUGAGUAUGUGUAGUUAUAAUGACAUGCAUGCAAACGAUGAGGCUAAUGAUGAUCUGCUGUAUUCUCAAAGUGCCAACUCGCUCCAGUUACCAGAGAUCAGUUCCCUGCAUAAGUGUAUGAUUAACACCUUGUUAUUCAUCAAACAUAACACUUUGUAUGAAAUAUAAUAUACCGUAUGGAGUUCAUUUUAAAUCACAGUAUGCACAAUAUAUAUUUUACCAUCAGAUGAAGGUGUUUUUUUCUAGUUUGGCUUUCAUUUUUAUCUCUGGCAUUGUUUUAGCCAUACAUUUGCGAUACCUUAGCUUUUCUUGUUCUCCGUAAUCAGACGUGUUUGAAUAUUGUGUGCUGUUAUUAUUAUUUUUUUCUCCUUUUCUCUCAAAGCAAUAAGAAAACGAGGUCGGUCAGACUCCUCUUAAUGAAGCAAGGGCUUAAGUCUAUGCUGCUUUUCUAGAGAUUUGUUUGCAUUUCACAAACGGUUCUCUUUUGUACUCUUUGAUUCGUGUAAAACACUGCAAUUUGUAUGCAACGCCUCUUUUACAGAACUGCACUUUUUGAGAAUUAUUUUUUAAAAUUCUGUUACAAAAGCUAUUUUGAAGUACAUCUGUAAAGUUUAUAUGGUAUUUGUCCAAGAAUUAAUGCAGGGACAGAUUUUGUACUUGUUCUUUUUGACAGACGAUUUUGUAGGAGUGAAAUGUGCAUUGAUCUUCCACACGAGCUCUCUGUGCAACCAGUAAUAGACCUGUCAAACACAGCAAACAUGAAUAAAAUGUGAGAAUAAUGA